AUGAAGAGCUCAAGUUCGGAUGAACCGCGAGGAAAACGCAAAGGUCAUGACCAAGCAAAAGGCAACGGUCAUGGCCAUGCAGGAAAAGGAAAAGGUAAAGGUCAUGGUUCUGGCGGAAAGAGUAAAGGUCAUGGUUAUAAAGGAAAAGGUAAAGGUUAUGGUUAUGAAGGCAAUGGCAAGAGUUAUGGCUAUGUAGGAUAUGGUAAAGGUCAUGGUUAUGGAGGAAAGGCUGAAGGUCAUGGUUAUGGAGGAAAUGGUAAAGGUUAUGGUUAUGGAGGGAAAGGUAAAGGUCAUGGUUAUGGAGGCAAUGGCAAGAGUUAUGGCUAUGUAGGAUAUGGUAAAGGUCAUGGUUAUGGAGGAAAGGCUGGAGGUCAUGGUUAUGGAGGAAAUGGUAAAGGUUAUGGUUAUGGAGGAAAUGGCAAAGGUCAUGGUUAUGAAGGAAAUGCUCAAGGUCACGGUUAUGGCAGAAAUGACAAAGGACAUGGUGGCUAUGGUUAUAGAAAUGCCAAAGCAUAUAGAUACGGCAGCAUGUAUGAAACAGAAAAAGCCAAAAGAAGGACACAAUCACAGACAAUCCUAAAUUAA